UCACUGCAAGAUCACGCGAAAUAGCUUAAAAAUGUCUACGAAAAUGAAUAAAGUACAGCUUUCGAAGGGUAUUUUGCAAAUGAAAUUUAUGUCACGAACCAAGGAAAAGCUAGACAAAGAAGCAGAAAAUGAACGAGGACGGGCGCUGUAUGCUAGUGAAAUAACGGAUAAAAUGUUAUCGGAAACAGUAAAGUAUGUUAUAGAACCUAGCUAUGCGCCGUGCGAGAAUCUGAUCGAAGGCCGUAUCAGCUACGGUGGCAUGAAUCCAGAAAUAGAGCGAAUUAUUGAAAUCGAGUCCGGUGUAGACGUCGCAAAACGUGAGCAAGAGGAAGCGGCUAAGAAGGCAAAGAUGGAAACAGACGUUCCUGACGCAGAGAUGGCCCGGUUCUACUCCAGUGUAAUGCAUACAAUGAACAAGAAGUAUGAUAACCAUAAAAAGCGACUGCAGCAUCCACUACCGUUAAACAUCAAACGCGCAAGUUGAGUCAUUUAAUAAAUUAGUUGCUUUAUUUCGAUUCACGUAUAGUCUCUACAAUAAGCGAUAGCGUAUUAUUUUUAUUAUACAAAUAUACAACACUUACAGUUCUUUCAAUUUAACUGCAUGAAGCGCAUAAUUUAUA